AUGUCGGGCAUUCUCGCAGGCAAACUCGCCAUCAUCACCGGCGGAUCGCGGGGCAUCGGCGAAGCGAUCGCGCACAACCUCGCGCGCAAAGGCUGCUCGCUCCUCCUCAACUACACGUCAGACUCGUCGCGGGCGCGCACCGAGUCGCUCUGCGCACAGCUGGCGCGCGAGCACUCGAUCCGGUGCGUGCCCGUGCAGGCCGACCUCUCCGACCCGGCGCCAGCCAUCGAGCGCAUCCUCGACGUCGCCAAGGCCGAGUUCUCCUCCACCUCCGCUGCACAACCAUCGCUGACGAUCGACAUCCUGAUCAACAACGCCGGCGUCAGCAAGGACCGCUUCCUCAACGACGCAACCAAAGGCGCCAUCGACGCCGACUACUUCCACUGGCACUACACGAUCAACGUGCUGGCGCCGCUGCUCCUCACGCAGGCCAUCGCCCCGUACCUGCCGCGCACGCCGCCGCGCGCCGGCCGCAUCGUCAACAUCUCCUCCAUCUCGUCGUCGCUGGGCUUCACGGGCCAGAGCGUGUACGGCGGCACCAAGGCGGCGCUCGAGGCGAUGACGCGCACCUGGGCGCGCGAGCUGGCCGAUGUCGCCACGGUCAACGCCGUCAACCCCGGCCCCGUCAUCGGGGACAUGUACUUCGCCACCGGCGAGGCGUUCUGGCAGCAGAUGCAGGGGUUCCAGGAUAAUACGCCGGGUAGCAAGAUGUUUGAGGAGGACCCGUUGGUGGGGCAGUUGACGGAGGAGCAGAAGCGGUUGAUCCGCGAGAAGAUGGGCGGCCGGCGGCCCGGGUUCACGGCCGAGGUUGCCGGUGUGGUGGGGAUGUUGUGCUCCGAGGAUGCGGGGUGGUGUACGGGGAGUGUGGUGCCAUCAUCAAGUCAAUCCACGUCAAUUCACCCAGCACUUGAACCCACCCUGCAAAGAAAGAGAACCAUGUCCGCCCGCACCCUGACCCGCACCAAGCUCCCGCCGCGCACCCUCCACCACCCCCCUCAAUCCCGCCCACCGGCAUCCUUCCUCCGUCUCCGACCUCUAUCAACAGCAGCAACAGCAGCAGCAGCAGCAGCAGCAAAUCCCCAAAGACAUAAUCUCACCCUCACCCGCACCCUCCACCAAAAGCCUACCCCCCGCCUCCCCCUCCUUCACACCCCGCCAUGCGGAAGAAGACCCUACACAACCGGUAAAUCAACAAGCGACAUCAUCGUCGAAGAGCUCCAGGAUCUGUACGAAACAGCCAAGGACGAAUUCGAAAUCGCCACCGAAAGCACCGACGCAGCAACAAUCUACGCGGCCUCGGACCGCGAGGCGGCGCGCGACGCCCUGAACGAGCUGCUGGCCGUGUACACGCUGUACACACGAGACGUGUCGCUACUGGACGCGGCGGGGCGGUCGGGGGUGGAGAAGUUGCUAGACGGGGAGGAGGUGAAGAUCGAUACCGGGUUGAAUCCGCAGGGGAUUGAGGAUGCCGUCCGCCAGGAGGUGCGGAGGAGGGUGGGGCAGCGGGUGCGGGAGUUGAAGGCCGCGGUUGAGGGGUUGGAAUUGAGGGGACAUGAGGAAUAG